AUGCCCAACCCUCCCCGCAUCAUCGUCAACAACCUUUCCUACACAUUCCCCGACUACUCCACCGGCGUCCGCAACAUCAGUCUCGACCUCCCGCCUCGAUCACGAACCCUCCUCAUCGGAGCCAACGGCGCCGGCAAAACCACCCUCCUCCGCCUCCUCGCCGGCAAGCGCCUCUCGCCCUCCAACACCAUCAACAUCUGCGGCGUGGACCCGUUCAAAGAAUCCCUCGAGGGCGUAACCUACCUCGGUCUCGAAUGGGUGCUUAACCCCAUCGUCCGCAAUGACAUUGGCGUGCUGGAACUUCUCCGCUCGGUAGGAGGCGACGCCUACCCCGAGCGACGGGAUGAGCUCGUCUCCAUGCUGGAUAUUGACACCCACUGGCGCAUGCAUGCCGUGUCGGACGGUGAGCGACGCCGUGUACAGCUCGCGAUGGGAUUGUUGCGGCCCUGGACGGUGCUGUUCCUCGAUGAAAUCACCGUGGAUUUGGACGUGCUUAGUCGCGCCGAGUUUUUGGGCUGGCUGAAGCGCGAGACGGAGCAGCGGGAGUGCACGAUUGUGUAUGCCACGCACAUUCUGGACAAUCUUGCCGGGUGGCCGACUCACCUUGUUCAUAUGCACUUGGGCACCGUGAAGGAGUGGGACGAGUCGGACAAGAUGCUGCAGAGCAUCGACGGCACGGUUGGACGAUCUGGAAACAGCCGUCUUGGCGAAUUGGUCCUGGGCUGGUUGAAGGACGAUCUGAAGGCCAGAGGACCUCGAAGUAACCUCAACCUCGGGUCGGAGGGCAAGACAUACGGCUUUGGUGGCAUCAAGAUUGGCGGGUAUGGCGAUGAAUCUAAGCAGAAGGAGGCAUAG